AUGCACAAGUUCCGUCUUGCAGAUUCAUGCGAUGAGUCCGACGAUGGUGAGGAGAAGAUUACGGUGGAACGCUACUGGAAUAAGGCCCCAGUCGUGAACAAGGCUUGUGAUCCAAAUUGUGGAGAAGAAAAGAUAAUUAUCGCCCGCAGCUGGAAGAAGAAGGGCAGUGAUGCUAUUGCAGCACGGGCCGCGCAGAGAAAGAUGAUGGCCAGGCAGCCCGCAGAAUACGACUGUGAUGGGUACACAUCUUCAUCCUCCUCCUCGUCAUCUUCCUCAUCCUCAUCGUCUUCUUCGUCAUCAUCUUCAUCGUCGGACAGCAGUUCAUCCUCUGACUCUGACAGCGACUACGAGGAAUGCUACUGGGCGCGCAAGUCCAGGGGCAAGAAACCCACACCCGGCAGAUCACCCGCUUACGGCAAAUCACCGAGUAAGCAUUAUAUAUAUUGCACCAACGGUAGUAAAUUGUGUUCAGGUUUCAAUUUCGAACAUCAGUUGUUUGGAGAAUAA